CGUGACGUCACCAAAGCGCGCCGCCCCUUCGCGGCCCUCCAGUUCCUGCUUUCGGCUGGUCGGCCGCGGGCGCCUUCGCUGCCCUUCCUCCUCCGCCGCCGCCUCCUCCUCCUGCUCCUCCUCCGCCCGGGAAGGGAAGCCAUGGCCGAUUACUGGAAAUCUCAGCCCAAGAAAUUCUGUGAUUAUUGCAAGUGCUGGAUUACAGACAACGAACCGAGCAUCGAUUUCCACGAAACAGAAAAGAACCACAAGGAAAAUGUGGCGAAGAAAAUUAGCGAGAUUAAACAGAAAAGCUUGGACAAGGCGAAAGAGGACGAAAAAAUGGCAAAGGACUUUGCAGCCAUGGAGGAAGCGGCCACGAAGGCUUAUCAAGAAGACUUGAAAAGGCUCGGAUUGAAGAUGCACCCUGUACUAAAAGCCUUUUUUUGUGGUUCAAUCAGUGGAACCUGCUCCACGCUGCUCUUCCAGCCUCUUGACUUGCUUAAAACUAGGCUGCAGACUUUGCAGUCAACUGUCAGCGGAUCAGGUCGUGUUAAGAUGAUACCUCUACUCUUCAAAGUUGUUCAUACAGAAAGCAUAUUUGGGCUGUGGAAAGGGGCUUCUCCAUCCUUUGCACGAUGCAUUCCAGGGGUUGGGAUUUACUUCAGCACCUUAUAUAUGAUAAAACAUCAUUUUUUCUGGGAACGCUCUCCUACUGCUUUGGAAUCCGUUCUUUUGGGUGCAACUUCACGAACUGUAGCUGUUAUUUGUAUGUUACCCAUCACAGUAGUAAAAACACGAUAUGAGAGUGGAAAAUACAGCUAUGAAAGUGUGUAUGGAGCCUUGAGAAAUAUCUAUCGGUCAGAAGGAGCCCGGGGUUUGUUUAGUGGCCUGUCAGCAACACUUCUUCGAGACGCCCCUUUUUCUGGCAUCUAUCUGAUGUUCUACACACAGACCCAAAAGCUUGCAUCAUAUGGCCAACUAGAUACAACAGUUGCACCACUUAAGAACUUUGGUUGCGGAACUGUGGCUGGAAUUCUGGCCUCAUUAGCUACUCAGCCUGCUGAUGUCAUCAAAACACACAUGCAACUGUCAUCUGAAAAAUACCUUCAGACUCGCCAGACUAUUGCCUUAAUAUUUAGGACUUAUGGACUGGCUGGCUUUUUCCAUGGUGCUGUUCCACGAGCUUUGCGGCGCACGCUGAUGGCAGCAAUGGCCUGGACUCUCUAUGAACAAAUGAUGGCUAAGAUGGGUUUAAAAUCCUAAGGGAUAUGGCAAGAAAUAAUCGUUCUACCUUUAUUUUUCCCCUUACUGUGAUUGCUUGGUGAGACUUGUGUUUGGAGUAGUCCUACGUGAAAAGUCCCUUGCUUAGGCAGAUUUUAUCUACAUACUGAAUUGCCAAAACAGUGCCUCAGAAUCUUUAGGAAUAUGAGUGAAUGGAGUAGAACAAUGUGACAGCAGAGGGGA